AUGAAUAAUUCUAUAGUAGACAUUCCCACAGACCUUUCACUCAUUAAUCCAGAUGGUAUGGAGAUAGCAUCUGAGCUAAUAUCCUUGACAUGUAUCACGGUAUUGGCACUGGCCCUUGGUGCCAAGACAAAUGGUGAAAAAGCAAGAUCUUUAAAUUACGGCCGAGUAUUAGUCAUUUUGCUUUAUGCACUAUCCUGGGCUUUUGCGGCUACUUCCGUUAUAGUGGUCUCUACUAACAAUAAUAAUAUGGUGUCUUGUACAAUUGGCAUGCUUGCAUGCGAUUUUUUUUACGCCGGUAGUAAGGUUGUAUGUUAUGCCUGGUUAAUUGAACGUGUUCAUUUGGUAACGGCUGUCAAGACCACAAGACUCAGGACUGGACAAUACAAAUUUCAUCUUGUCUUAUUAUGCCCCUAUAUCAUUAUUUUUGUACUGAUGCUAUGUUUUCGAAACAUUUACUUGGCGCCUGACGGCACAUGUAUCAUUGGUCUACAAGAUAUUGCCAGUAUUCCACUCUUGGUUUACGAUUUUAUUUUCAACCUUUACCUGACAUGGCUCUUUAUGAGGCCUUUGACGAGCAUUGGUCAGAAUACAAGAACCGACUGGAAAGUAUCCAGACUUUACAAACUGGCCAGAAGAACUUUGGUGGCAUCCAUUGUUUGUCUCUCUGUUUCAUUUGUCAAUCUUUUAUUGGUCGUCUUGACUCAUGGACAUCAGCGUGGUUUGGUCUGCUUGUCUAUGUGCACCGUUGAUGUUACUGUUAAUGUUGUCACCGUCCAUUGGGUUACGACAAGUGGAACUUCUGGAACGGGACAUAACCGAACAAGGAUACAAAAUGAUGAUCACGUUACUACUGACCUGACAUUUGAAGGCAACCAUGACAACACACGUAGGUUUCAAGGUCAAAUGGUCCAGCCCCAUAUCAUCGAGGAUGAUCUCCUAAGUAUUUCCUCGGGUGAUAUGUCUCAGACAAGUAGCAAAAAACCAAUGAGUGGGUACUACCGUUGA